GCCUGAGCCUGCCGCGGAGGGACGCGGAGCCCGGCGCCGAGCCCUGCGCGCGCGCUUGCAGGGCGGACCUGGACGAGCGCGAGUCCUACUGCGCGAGCGAAUUCGCAGUGAACGGAAUCGUGCAUGACGUGGACGUGCUCGGCGCAGGGAUCCGGCUGGUGACUCUGCUGGUGGACCGGGACGGGCUGUACAAGAUGAACCGCCUGUACAUCACUCCGGACGGGUUUUUCUUCCGAGUCCACAUUUUAGCCCUAGACUCCUCCAACUGCAAUAAGCCAUGUCCAGAAUUUAAACCCGGCAGCAGGUAUAUCGUGAUGGGCCACAUCUACCAUAAGAGACGGCAGCUCCCCACAGCCCUGCUCCAGGUGCUGAAAGGGCGGCUCAGACCAGGAGAUGGACUGCUCAGGAGCAGCGGCAGCUAUGUGAAGAGAUUUAACCGAAAAAGGGACGGGCAAGUGCACGGUGCAAUUCACACCCAAUGUGUUUGAAAUGUACUACUGUCCUUGCACGUCUGGAUCAUAAGAGACUUGGCUCUCAGCAACAAGACGGGGAAGGUCUGUCGUCAAAUAAUGGGGUCUUCCGUGGGGCGGGGCGUGCAGCUCCUUUGAGAACGGAUCGGAUCGUGUAGCUCCACCUCGAAUCCUGAAAUUGCCACUUUCUUAUUUACACGAUGCUUCUUCAAUGGCCUGCUUCUGAGCUGCCGGGCAAGGUCAUUCAAUUCUAGGGGCGGUUAUUCACAUGGCUCAGAUAACUGACCUGUCCAGUUAACAGAUCACUGCUUCAUGGUGUUUGUUUUUAAUUAUUUUAAUUUAAAUACAUUCUUCAGUAGAAAUAGUUCACAAAAAAACAUUUCCUUGAUUUUAAAUAUACAGCUUUUGAAUAGGUUAUAUCGUGUAUCAAACCAAGUUUCAUACUAAAAGCAUCACAUUUUAAAUUCUGUACAUAACAGUGCACGAGUCAAAAGACAUAUAUGAAAUGUCAUUUAGAGCAAACACUAGGGUCAGAGCUCAAGACAAGUAUUAAAGUUUCACAAUUAAAGAGUAUGAAUGGGCUUAAUUCAGGCAACAUAUUAUUCAAACAAGUGUUCCCGCUGUACCAAAAUGUAAGAAAUAGUUUAUUUUCAUGCCUCCUUGUUCCUAAAAACAUAUGUUUUGUGCCAAACUGGCAACUAUCCCAAUGCUAAACAUAUUCUCGGUAUCUGAUGUCAUUUUUCUCUUAAGAUCAAGUAUCAUGUUUGUGUUUGUAAAGUAGUAAAUCCUGCCUUGAAAUCAGA